AUGCCCGGUAAAAAUAUUCUCGUUUCCGGCCUCACCGCGGUGACCAAUCAAACCGUGGUAUCCUACGAAGAAUAUUUGGAAAAAAUGAACGAUUCCUCUUUCAUUUUCCAAAAAUUAAACUCAGACGCCCUUCAUCAGUCCCAUCUGGUUGAUACUAUGCCAAUCUUCGUCAGAAGUUUGACCGGAAAAGUUUUAAAUGUAAAUUGCAAACCGGCGACUACAAUCGAAAAACUCAAGGUAAAAAUUCAACACAGAGAAGGUAUUCCGGCGGAUCAACAAAGAUUAAUCUUUUGUGGAAAGCAACUCGACGAUGCCCAUUCACUCAACAGUUAUAAUAUUAUGCGUGAUUCCACCCUUCAUCUCGUUCUCCGCCUUCGCGGUGGUGGUGGUGCAAUGAACUACUUCCUUAGCCCUGAACUCCUGGAUCCUAUUUAUGAUUUCGAUUUCACUAAUCUCGACGAUACGGGGAGUACAUUUAUGAGAGGUCAAUUUGAAUAUCGUCGUCCCUGUGGUUGGAAACGUCAUGCACUGAAGGUGCUCAACAAGUACGACAAUGAUAACAAAUGGCUUGGAGUGACUAGUUCUCGUUUCCGUUACCAUUCAGCGCCCAACGAAUGGCCCGUUUCUUACCACGGAACCUCCAAACAUCUUGGUCAUACCAUUGCUGAAGAUGGUUUUCGUCUGAGUAAAGAGCAGGGUGUGCAGUUUCCCUACUCUCAGGGCCUCUACAUGACACCCGACGUCAAUGUGGCCGCCAAAUAUGCCGAAACGUUCGUUCAUGAUGGCGUUUGCUAUAAAAUUAUUUUCCAAAACCGCGUCAAUCCUGACACCAUGUCCAUCCUCAAUACCAAUCAAGGAGAUUACUGGAUCAGUCCAAGGGGCACGGAUGUGCGUCCAUAUGGCAUCUUGAUUAAAAAGGCAUAA